CCGCAGCAACCAUGUAAGCAGCUUUGCUUCCUGCCGCAACCGCCGGCGGCCUGAGCAUCGCGGCGCUGCGUUUCCAAGCCCCCUUCCUGCGCCUGGACCCGGUGAAGCGGAGGCUGGGGAGGAGGGUGGCCGGCGGGGCCGGGGCGGGAGGCGCAGACUCAUGAAAUGGCCACAGAUGAUAAGACUUCCCCAACAUUGGACUCUGCUAAUGAUUUGCCUCGAUCUCCUGCUAGUCCUUCUCAUCUCACACACUUUAAACCUUUGACUCCUGAUCAGGACGAACCUCCUUUUAAAUCAGCGUAUAGUUCUUUUGUAAAUCUCUUUCGAUUUAACAAAGAGAGAGGAGAAGGGGGCCAGGGAGAGCAUCAGUCUCUGAGUGGAAGUUGGACCAGCCCUCAGCUCCCUUCAAGGACGCAAUCUGUGAGAUCACCUACACCUUAUAAAAAACAGCUUAAUGAAGAGCUCCAGCGGCGAUCUUCAGUGCUAGCAGAGGACAGUUUGCAACACCCCCAGGAGAAUACAGACACCAGAAGGAAGGCAGAACCUACCUUUGGAGGUCAUGACCCUCGUACAGCUGUUCAGCUCCGAAGCCUCAGCACAGUAUUAAAACGCCUCAAAGAAAUCAUGGAGGGGAAGAGCCAGGAUAGUGACCUGAAGCAGUACUGGAUGCCAGAUAGCCAAUGUAAAGAGUGCUAUGACUGUAAUGAGAAAUUUACCACUUUUAGGCGCAGACACCACUGUCGACUGUGUGGGCAAAUUUUUUGCAGUCGUUGCUGCAAUCAAGAAAUCCCUGGAAAAUUUAUGGGUUAUACAGGGGACCUCCGAGCCUGUACAUACUGUAGAAAAAUAGCCUUAAGUUAUGCUCACUCUACAGACAGUAAUUCCAUUGGUGAAGACUUGAAUGCUCUUUCAGAUUCUGCUUCCUCUGUGUCUGUACUUGAUCCGAGUGAACCCCGAACACCUGUAGGGAGUAGAAAAGCCAGCCGCAACAUAUUUUUAGAGGAUGACUUUGCCUGGCAAAGUUUGAUUCAUCCAGACUCCUCAAAUACUGCUCUCUCAACAAGACUUGUAUCUGUUCAAGAGGAUGCUGGGAAAUCUCCUGCCCGAAAUAGAUCGGCCAGCAUUACUAACCUGUCACUGGAUCGAUCUGGGUCUCCCAUGGUACCGUCAUAUGAGACAUCUGUCAGUCCCCAGGCUAACCGAACAUAUGUUAGGACAGAGAUCACUGAGGAUGAACGCAAAAUUCUUCUGGACAGUGUUCAGUUAAAAGACCUGUGGAAAAAAAUCUGCCAUCACAGUAGCGGAAUGGAGUUCCAGGAUCACCGCUACUGGCUGAGAACGCACCCCAACUGCAUUGUAGGCAAGGACUUAGUCAACUGGUUAAUCCGAAAUGGACACAUUGCGACAAGGGCACAAGCUAUAGCAAUUGGACAGGCAAUGGUGGAUGGACGUUGGCUGGAUUGUGUCAGUCAUCAUGACCAGCUCUUCAGGGAUGAAUACGCGCUGUACAGACCGCUGCAGAGUACAGAAUUUUCCGAGACCCCUUCUCCGGACAGUGACUCAGUGAAUUCUGUGGAAGGACACUCUGAGCCCUCCUGGUUUAAAGACAUAAAGUUUGAUGACAGCGACACAGAGCAGAUAGCUGAAGAAGGUGACGAUAAUUUGACCAAUUCUGCCAGUCCUAGCAAGCGCACAUCAGUCAGCAGUUUCCAGUCCACAGUGGACAGUGACUCAGCCGCUUCUAUCAGCCUGAACGUGGAGCUGGACAACGUGAACUUCCAUAUCAAGAAGCCCUCCAAGUACCCACAUGUGCCCCCUCACCCUGCUGACCAGAAAGAGUAUUUGAUUUCUGACAAUGGAGGACAACAGCUCUCAAUAAGUGACGCCUUCAUCAAAGAAUCCCUAUUUAACCGUCGAGUUGAGGAAAAAUCCAAAGAGCUGCCUUUCACACCUUUGGGUUGGCAUCAUAACAACCUGGAGCUGCUGAGGGAGGAGAAUGGAGAGAAACAAGCCAUGGAGAGGUUGCUUUCAGCUAAUCAUAACCACAUGAUGGCACUACUCCAACAGUUGCUCCAUAAUGAGUCAUUGUCACCAUCUUGGAGGGACAUCAUUGUAUCACUAGUCUGCCAGGUUGUUCAAACAGUCCGACCUGAUGUCAAGAACCGGGAUGAUGACAUGGAUAUCCGUCAGUUUGUCCACAUCAAAAAAAUCCCAGGUGGAAAGAAGUUUGAUUCAGUGGUUGUCAAUGGGUUUGUUUGUACCAAGAAUGUUGCACAUAAAAAGAUGAAUUCUUCUAUUAAAAACCCCAAAAUUCUUCUAUUGAAGUGUUCCAUUGAGUAUCUCUACAGAGAAGAAACUAAAUUUACUUGCAUUGAUCCCAUCGUGCUUCAGGAAAGGGAAUUCUUGAAGAAUUACGUUCAGCGAAUAGUUGAUGUUCGACCCACAUUGGUUUUAGUUGAGAAAACUGUAUCUCGAAUUGCCCAGGAUAUGUUACUGGAACAUGGCAUUACUUUGGUCAUUAAUGUAAAAUCACAAGUUUUAGAACGAAUCAGUCGGAUGACCCAAGGUGACUUGGUGAUGUCGAUGGACCAGCUGCUUACAAAACCCCACCUGGGCACCUGUCACAAAUUUUACAUGCAGUUGUUUCAGUUGCCUAAUGAACAAACCAAAACACUGAUGUUUUUUGAAGGCUGUCCACAGCACCUGGGCUGUACAAUCAAGCUUAGAGGAGGCUCUGAUUAUGAGCUGGCUCGAGUUAAGGAGAUCCUAAUAUUUAUGAUCUGUGUAGCUUAUCAUUCUCAACUAGAAAUUUCCUUCCUCAUGGAUGAAUUUGCUAUGCCUCCUACAUUAACACAAAACCCUUCCUUCCAUUCUCUGAUUGAGGGACAGGAGGAUGAAGGGGCUGCACAAGAGCCGUUCAGCGGAAGUCCCCUCCUCCGGGAGCCUGACUUCCCUCCGGACUUUCUGCCCUCUGAUGAUAGCAGUUUGCUAGAAUCAAGGAUUCUGUUUGAGAAUGGUGACCAGGAAAAUAAAAGUGUGCCACAGGAUGUUGCCCCUUUGAAUCAAGAGCAUGUCACAGGAGCUUGCCCAGCAGGUGCCCCCUGUGCUCUCUUUACAUUGGUACCAGAAUCAUUGCUGCCGCUCCAUGUGGACGACCAACAGGAUGCCAUAGGCAGUGAGCAGCCAGAGGCUUUGCAGCAAACAGAGGAGCUACAGGAUCCCAAAAGCCAGAUGAGAGCCUUCAGAGACCCACUACAGGAUGACACUGGCCUGUAUAUUACUGAGGAAGUUACCUCUUCUGAAGAUAAACGAAAGACUUACUCUUUGACCUUUAAACAGGAAUUGAAAGAUGUGAUCCUCUGUAUCUCUCCAGUAAUCACAUUCCGGGAGCCCUUCCUUUUAACUGAAAAGGGCAUGAGAUGCUCUACCCGAGAUUAUUUUGCAGAGCAGGUUUAUUGGUCUCCUCUCCUCAAUAAAGAGUUCAAAGAAAUGGAGAGCAGGCGGAAGAAACAGAUGCUGAGGGAUCUCUCGGGCCUUCAGGGCAUGAAUGGAAGUGUUCAGGCCAAGUCUAUUCAAGUCCUGCCCUCACAUGAGCUGGUGAGCACCAGAAUUGCUGAGCACCUGGGUGAUAGCCAGAGCUUGGGGAGAAUGCUGGCCGAUUACCGGGCCAGAGGAGGAAGAAUUCAGCAAAAAAAUUCAGACCCUUUUGCUUAUUCAAAAGAUGCAUUGGGUACUUCAAGUGGCAAAUCAGGAAGCAAAACUGAAGGUGACGAAGAGAAGGGGUUGAUUACAAGUGAUGCAGUGUGGUCGACAAAGGUGGACUGUCUGAAUCCUGUCAAUCACCAGAGACUGUGCGUGCUCUUCAGCAGCUCUUCUGCCCAGUCCAGCAACGCUCCCAGUGCCUGUGUCAGUCCUUGGAUUGUAACAAUGGAAUUUUAUGGAAAAAAUGAUCUUACAUUAGGAAUAUUUUUAGAGAGAUACUGUUUCCGGCCUUCCUAUCAGUGUCCUAGUAUGUUCUGUGACACCCCCAUGGUGCAUCACAUUCGACGCUUUGUCCAUGGCCAAGGCUGUGUGCAGAUAAUCCUGAAGGAAUUGGAUUCUCCAGUACCUGGAUAUCAGCAUACAAUUCUAACCUAUUCCUGGUGCAGAAUCUGCAAACAGGUAACACCAGUUGUUGCUCUUUCCAAUGAGUCCUGGUCCAUGUCAUUUGCAAAAUACCUUGAACUUAGGUUUUAUGGGCACCAGUACACCCGUAGAGCCAAUGCUGAGCCGUGUGGUCACUCCAUCCACCAUGAUUAUCACCAGUAUUUCUCCUAUAACCAGAUGGUGGCAUCUUUCAGUUAUUCUCCCAUUCGGCUUCUUGAAGUAUGUGUUCCACUUCCCAAAAUAUUCAUUAAACGUCAGGUCCCGUUGAAAGUGUCCCUUCUUCAGGAUCUGAAGGACUUCUUUCAAAAAGUUUCACAGGUAUAUCUUGCUGUGGAUGAAAGACUUGCAUCUUUGAAAACUGAUACAUUUAGCAAAACAAGAGAGGAAAAAAUGGAAGAUAUCUUUGCACAAAAAGAGAUGGAAGAGAGUGAGUUCAAGAGCUGGACCGAGAAGAUGCAAGCUCGGCUUCUGUCUUCCUCUGUGGAGACCCCUCAGCAACUGCAGUCUGUCUUCGAGUCGCUCAUCACCAAGAAACAAAACCUCUGUGAAGUGCUGCAAGCUUGGAAUAACAGGUUGCAGGACCUUUUCCAGCAAGAAAAGGGUAGAAAGCGGCCUUCAGUUCCUCCAAGUCCUGGAAGACUGAGGCAAGGGGAAGAAAGCAAGAUAAGUACAAUGGAUGCAUCUCCACGGAAUGCGUCUCCAGGACUUCAAAAUGGAGAAAAAGAGGAUCGCUUCUUAGCCACCUUGUCCAGUCAGAGCUCCACCAGUUCCCCCCACCUCCAGCUGCCCACUCCUCCCGAAGGUGUGCCUGAGCAGGCCGUGGGAGGGCCCCCCGAGCUCGAUACUGCCAGCAGUUCUGAAGAUGUAUUUGAUGGACAUUUGUUGGGAUCCACAGACAGCCAGGUGAAGGAAAAAUCAACCAUGAAAGCCAUAUUUGCAAAUUUGCUUCCUGGAAAUAGUUAUAACCCUAUUCCAUUUCCUUUUGAUCCAGAUAAGCACUACUUAAUGUAUGAACAUGAGCGAGUGCCCAUUGCAGUCUGUGAGAAGGAGCCCAGCUCCAUCAUUGCUUUUGCUCUCAGUUGUAAAGAAUACCGGAAUGCCUUAGAGGAAUUGUCCAAAGUGACUCUGUGGAACAGUGCUGAAGAAGGGCUUCCAACAAACAGUACUUUAGACAACAGACCAAAGAGUAGCAGCCCUGUUAGAUUACCUGAGAUCAGUGGAGGACAGACAAACCGUACAGCAGAAGCAGAACCACAACCAACCAAAAAGGCUUCUGGAAUGUUGUCCUUCUUCCGAGGGACAGCAGGGAAAAGCCCUGAUCUCUCUUCCCAGAAGAGAGAGACCUUACGUGGAGCAGAUAGUGCUUACUACCAGGUUGGGCAGACGGGCAAGGAGGGAACGGAGAAUCAAGGCGUUGAGCCUCAAGAUGAAGCAGAUGGAGGAGAUACACAGAAGAAACAGCUCACAAAUCCUCAUGUGGAGCUUCAAUUUUCUGACGCCAACGCCAAGUUUUACUGUCGGCUCUACUAUGCGGGAGAGUUUCAUAAGAUGCGAGAAGUGAUUCUGGGCAGCAGUGAAGAAGAUUUCAUUCGUUCCCUUUCUCACUCUUCUCCUUGGCAGGCCCGAGGAGGCAAAUCAGGAGCUGCCUUUUAUGCGACUGAAGAUGAUAGAUUCAUUUUGAAGCAAAUGCCUCGUCUGGAAGUCCAGUCUUUCCUUGACUUUGCACCACACUACUUCAACUAUAUUACAAAUGCCGUUCAACAAAAGAGGCCCACUGCAUUGGCCAAGAUUCUUGGAGUUUACAGAAUUGGUUAUAAGAAUUCCCAGAACAACACUGAGAAGAAGCUAGAUCUCCUUGUCAUGGAAAAUCUUUUCUAUGGGAGAAAAAUGGCACAGGUUUUUGAUUUGAAGGGUUCACUUAGGAAUCGAAAUGUAAAAACUGAUACUGGGAAAGAGAGCUGUGAUGUAGUCCUGCUGGAUGAAAAUCUCUUAAAGAUGGUGCGAGACAACCCUCUGUACAUCCGUUCUCAUUCCAAAGCUGUGCUGAGAGCCUCAAUCCGCAGUGACUCCCACUUCCUUUCUAGCCACCUCAUUAUAGAUUAUUCUUUGCUGGUUGGGCGAGAUGAUACCAGCAAUGAGCUGGUAGUUGGAAUUAUAGAUUAUAUCCGAACAUUUACAUGGGACAAAAAGCUUGAGAUGGUUGUGAAAUCAACAGGAAUUUUAGGAGGACAAGGUAAAAUGCCGACCGUGGUCUCUCCAGAGUUGUAUAGGACUAGAUUUUGUGAAGCAAUGGACAAGUAUUUCCUGAUGGUACCAGACCACUGGACAGGCUUGGGUCUGAACUGCUGAAACGAAGCACAUAUUUUGAAAUGGACCAGGAAGAAAAGAGGCCUGGAAACAAGGACCAAAAACAAACUACAUGUUUUAUGUCUUCAUCACAUUCACCACUGUAUGCAGAGGCCUUUCAGUUCUGCAGCUGUGUAGGCCAUCCGUAGCCCGAGGGGUUAAAACUCCAUGAAUUUGCACUUUGGUUUUUGAUGCCUACAAAUUAGCUUUGCAUAGGCUGGGACAUUACAUGAAUGUUUUGUUAACUUAAGCUGAAAUCUAGGCACAUUUAAAGAGCUUGAGGACAAAUGUGUGGUUAGAGAUGAGAUAGGGUGAAAAUGGAUUGUCAUAUUGGCUAACAGUCCUGUUAAGAAAACAGUGUCUCAUAGAUUAUGACUCUCCUGGCAUCAUAUCGGACACAUUCUUUACCUAGAAAGCAUUUGUAGAGCUGGUCAAUUUGUUUUGUGUUUCUUAUGUCACAAUUUAAUGUUGCCUAUUACCAGAAUUUCUGAAACCUUAAAAAAAUUUCUAUUUUAUUAAUGGCCAGUUAAACAGAUUGACACAAUCUGCUCUUGUUUUAUUGAGGAAUUUGGCUUAAAUUGGGAAUCCUGUCAUGUUCAGUAUCUUGCCCUGUUUUCAGGUGUGUUUGAUGUUUUUCAAGUUCUGUCUCUACUUUAAGCUUGUUUACAAUUUUUCUGCAAGUAACAUGCUGAACUGCGCUUGUCUGCACAUGCUCAUAGUCUAGGUUUUUCUCCCAUUUUCAGGGAAACAUUAGUAAAAUGAGUCUACAAUGACUAAAUCCCCAAAGGGGUAAUUAUUAAUGAAGGUUUUUUUUAAUAUAAAAAAAUGAAUUAGGCCUGAUCCAGUAAGUUGGGUGAGGGAAGCAGUCACAUUUUUUUUUUUUUAAAUGAAGGUAAAAUAUCUUUUUCAAUAUAACUAGCAAUUUAUUUGGCAUGUAUAAAAUUAAGGAAUUUCCAGUGUGGACAUAACUGUUUUUUGACUUUCUGUACCAGUUUCUAGGCCAGUUCUGACAAUAGAGAACUUUAACAGGUAAGAUAUGCUUAGUGAGAAACUUCUUCUUUAAUAGAGUUUUUCUUUGUUUAAAAAGUGAUCAGAAGUAUACUAAAUGUCUUUGAGGAAAUAACACAACCCUGAAUAUUUUCUCUUGGUUUCUUUUGCAUAAUAAGGAUAAUUGAGGGAUUUAUAAAGUUUUAAAGGUUCUACUCUUUUCAGGCUUUCUAUAGUAGCACACUUCUUUUGCAACUUUAACAUAAUAAAAAAAUCUGGUUACAUUCCAGUUACAGAGACUAAGUAUUUAAAAUAGGAACAUUUUGGAAAGUUUGCUGGAGAAAAUGAAAGCAUUAGUUUGGUGUUUGGUGCUUAUUGGAAACAUGGUUUGUUUUGCACUAGAAACAAGUUGACCAAGGACCUAUGACUGAUCUGAUGAUACGCACUUUUUCUUUUAGCCAUGUGCUGUGCCUUUUGAAAACAUACAGAACACUGAUGAUUUUAGUUUUGAUAUCAAAGACCAGUAAAGGAGUUCUACAGGGCGGAAAGAUGUAGAGCAUUAUUCACUUCUCAUGUGUCAGGAACGAUGGAUUUUGCAUCUUAUUUUGAAUUCAAACAUGUUUUGCAUGUGUUUAUUUUUCCUGUCAGAAGACUUAGGGUUACUUAUCCUCUCCAUUUCCUGUACCCCUAGUCAGGAGCACUUCCAGGAGCCAGGUGUCUUCCCCCAGCUGUAAUUAGAUUGUUUCUUUGUUUUUAGUCUCAAUACCAUGUGUAGAGCUUGAAUGCUCCAUUGAAAUAGCUGUGGACAAUAAUGUGUCAUGUUGAUUUUGUUUUUCUUGCCCAUGACUUGAAGAACCCAUUUUUUUUUUAAAGUACUGCUGCUGCUUAAGUAAUUUUGUAGCUAAAAACAAAUUCCAGUAUAAUGUAAUCUGAAACAAUAAUCGUUGCCUUGCAAGGGUCAUCUGUCCUUUUAAAACUGUCUUAAUGAAGGGGAAAUAUAAACUUUAAUUUGUUGCCAGUGGUAGAACUAUGUACCUGGCCUCUUGCUGCUCUUGUUCAGGCCACUACCAGAUACAAGGCUUUUCAAAUAUUGUGUCCUCCGUGUUAGGUACUGAAUGACUGUUUACCUCUCUCGAAUUCCCCUUGGAGGCCUUGAGACCCUUAAUGCUGAAAAGUUAAGAAUGAGGAAGAAAUCUUAAUACUUUCUUCUUUAGAUUAAAAAAUGAAUUUUGAGAAUAAUUGAUAGUAGCACAAGAAAGCUAUGUGAACAUGUCGCAUUGUAUAAAAAUCUUAUUUAUAAAUGUGAAGUGUUUUGAUGCCAUCAAAACUUUAAAAAUAAAAAGGAUUUACUUUUUUCUUACCCAAGCCUAAGGAAAAUAAGGGGAAUAAGCUUUUGCAGGCCCUUUUGUAGUCUAUUGACCAUUUUAAAUUUAUAGAUAUUCAAAUUUUCCUACAGAAUGUCCUACUUAUAAUUUUUUCCUUGAUCCAGCAGAAUAUCCUACUUAUAAUUUUUUCCUUGAUCCAGGUUUUCUAGCUUUGGCUUUUAUUGGGUAUUGUAAAUAGUAGGGUUGUAUUGGUUUUUGUGGCAUUAGCUUCUCCUUGGCUUUUUACCCAUUAGUGGUGAGCUUGUAUAAAAUUGCUGAGGAAAGUAAUCUACCUGUAGAAAGUUUGCUUAGCUAGCAGAGUGAAAACUCUUGUAAAUGAGCCUGCUGGUGAAACAGACCAGGCCUUUCAUUAUUCCUCAAGUGUUAACAUACUGACUUUAGCAGUAUUCAGCCAUCUAGUGCAAUGCCUUUUUUGUUUGGUUUUGUAACACGGGUGCAGUUGUAUUAUAGAAAAAUAAAAAUUACAAUCAUGAGCAGUUUUAUUAAUGCUGCUGUGCUGUUUGUAAAAAAAUGUACAUUAUGUCUUUGACAUGUUUAAUUUUAACUAGAGAAAUGACAUUGUAAAUCAGAAUAGCCUCUUUUAAUUUAAUAUGAAAAAUUCAAUUAACAGUAUUGAAAAUACUUAAUGUAUUAUAUUGUAUAUAUUUCUCUACUUUGGUUCCAGCUGUUUUAUAUGAUUGACAUGUUAUUUAAGAGAUAAAACUGCCUUGACCUUUUGGAGACUUACACUAUAAAAAGAGGACCUAAAAUAAACUGAGAAUCAACUUCAUUUUGCUUUGAAUCUGCUUGAGGAAAUUAACAAGAGAAGAUGGAGUUGGUGCCUAAGCUCAGCCCCUGGCCCAGCAGUGUUGUUGUCUGUUCAUUCAGUCCUUCUUAAGUAAAUCAGUGGUCCCCAACCUUUCUGGCACCAGGGACCAGUUUCAUGGAAGACACUUUUUCCAUGGGGAGUGAGGGGAGGGGGGAUGGUUCAAGCAGUAAUGCCGGUGAUGGUUCAGACAGUAGUGGGAGUGAUGAGGAGCGGCAGAUGAAGUCUUGGCUCACUGGCCCAGCGCUCACCUCUUGCUGUGCGGCCUGGUUCCUAACAGGGAGCCAGGGGAUGGGGACCCCUGCAGUAAAUAACCCUUCUUUUUAGGUCUCUGAAAGGGGGAGCUAAAUCCUUCAGUUCACAUUGCCUGGUAUGGGCCUGGCCUUUUCUGUCCUCCCGCUUCUCCUCAAUUCUUC